UCUUCCAUCAAUUUAUUUCGUUACACAUAAAGCGCACAGCAAACCAAAAUAACAUGAAAAUUUGCUCCCGCAACGAUAACACCACACCGGUCUUGGACGAAAAAUAUAUCCGAUGGACGAACAUUAACGAGGAAGUUGAUGAGGUAACCCCAAUGAUCAUAUUCCAUCUUCAAAAGCUCCGAAUCGAACAUUUCCAGUUACCCGACAUAAAAGAAUAUAUUUGCAUAAAACCAUUCUUUAUUACAUAUAAGGUUGGAUUGUACCUUACCGAUGGAAUAGUAUAUAAUCUUAGAAGUAUAGCUCGAAAUGGAAAUGCCUUUAUGACAUAUCAAAAAAAAACAUUUCUAUGCCGGUUUUAUUUAAAAAUAAAGAAGCUACAGGUUUGA